AUGGCGAGAAUAGUCCUGUCGCCCCGCCCAAUCCGUAUCAUAAUCCUCAUAGCCAUAGGACUCCUAAUCCUCAUCUCCUUCUUCAGGUCCGGCCCACCUCCGCGCAACAGACAUCACGAACCAAACCAUCAUCAUGACCUCGCUUCAGACGACACUGAUCCUAAUAACCCAUCCGUCGCACAUCAAAUGAAGCAGCCAAAUGCACGCAGACGGCCGCCGAAACAGCACCAACAGGAUGUGCUCGAGGAUGUCAAAGAUCCUGUUAGAGUUAUUGUCAACGCUAGUCGGGUUGCAAUGGGACCGAUGCAGAGAGAUAGAGACUAUGUCGGUGGGAACCAGGCGACCCAUUUCGUUGGUGUGCUGGGAAGUGUGGCCAGUGAUGUCGAUAAGGCUGAUGCUAUUAAAGAGAUGAUGGUACAUGCAUGGUCUGGCUACUAUACCCGUGCCAAAGGAUGCGAUGAAGUGAGACCAGUGUCGGGUGAAUGCCACAAUUGGUACCAAACAUUCACAAUGCUGAAUACGCCCGUGGACGCGUUAUCCACAUUGUAUAUAAUGGGGCUGGAGACUGAGUACCAGCAGGCAAAGGAGCUUGUGCUGGAGAUGAAUUUUGAUAUUCCGACCAGUAUAAACCUGUUCGAAACCGUCAUCCGUGUUCUGGGCGGUCUCCUCUCAGCCUAUGAUCUGGAAGGAGAUAAACGAUUCAUUGAAAAGGCAGUCAUUCUAGCCGAUAUGAUAUUACCUGCCUUCAACGAUGCAUCAGGAAUCCCAUCAAACCAAAUCCUCCUUGGAGUCCAACAGGAAGAGCGCAGCAACCACUUGGGCUACAAGGCCGUCAAACUAGCUGAAAUCGGAACAAUGCAAAUAGAGUUUCAGUAUCUUUCUGAUAUAACAGGCAACAUCACAUAUGCUGAAAAGGCACUACGGAUAUACGAGCACUUGAUUGCCGUGCCGAAGCAGAUACCGGGACUUGUCGGAUUGACUGUACAGGUUAAGGGGGAUAGAAUUGAUGGACAUGAUCAGAGAUAUGGGCUUGGUGCUGAAGCAGAUAGUUAUUAUGAGUAUCUGCUGAAGUUGUGGCUUGCUACGGGUGUGGAUAAGUAUAGGGUGUUGUAUGAUGAGAUUGCGAAUAGCUUUGCCAGAAUGGCUAAAACCAAUUCAAAGGGACAUAUCUAUGUGCCGACCACGAAUGCUGCUAAUGAUGGAACGACAAUGGCGGAUUAUCACUUUGAACAUCUGUCAUGCUUUGCAGGAGCUCUAACAAAACCACACGGAAACUGGACAACGCAUCUCAAUAUUGGUCGAGGAAUCACCGAAUCAUGUUUCUUGUCAUAUAUGGUGUCUGAAACUGGACUUGGAUCAGAGUUUGUGGAUCCGCAUACUUUCGCACCUGGGUCUUCGCCGUAUUACAUCUUGAGACCAGAAACAAUUGAAAGUAUAUUCUAUAUGUGGAGGUUGACUCAUGAUCCCAUGUAUCGGGAGUGGAACUGGGUUAUUGCUCAGAACCUCAACAAGUCAUGCCGUGUCGAGUUUGGAUUCUCUGGGUUGAGCAACGUUGAUAUACUGCCUCCGAUGCAUGAUAAUUUGCAGCAGUCGUUCUUCCUGGCUGAAACACUCAAAUAUUUGUAUUUGACUUAUACGUCAGAUGAUACCAUCUCGUUGACGGACUUUGUCUUUAACACCGAAGCACACCCUCUCUCCAUCCGCGGCAAAGGCCGCCGCAAAGACAUUACCACCCCAAUCCCAUACGCCAACGAAACAUCCAGUCUCGCCAUCCUCUACGGAACAGGCACAUACAAACCACCCUCAAAACCACAACCAUUCGGCCACGCCGUCCAAUCCCCAUCUCCAUCAUCAUCUCCAUCAUCGUCCGAGUCCACACCACAGCCAUGGUGGAUGCAAUACAAGGACGCCCGUAAAUUCGAAAAGGAGGAACGGAGACGACGGCUUGAGUCCCAGGUUGGGCAAAGUGGAAAUCCGUUUGGUGGGGAUGGAAAUGGUAGUCCGACUGUGAGUGGUAAGAAUGGGGUAUCGAGGGUUGACAAUCGGGUUGAUAAUCCGAGGUUUGCGAUUAAUCCACGGCCUGCGGUUGUUAUUGCUGAGAGGGCCGCUGUUGAGGCCAAGAGGGUUGUGGACGCUGCUGCUGCUGCUGAGCAAGUCAAGACGCGUGAAGAUGUUGCUGCUCCUGUUGUGGAAGCAGUAGUAGUGGAAGAAGAAGAGGGUGAUGAAGAGCAGGUUAGUGGUGCUCCUGUCGAAGCAGUCGCUGCUGCUGUGGAAGUAGUAGAAGCCACUAAAGAAGAAGCUGAGUCUAUCAAACCAGUGGAUGAAAAGAAUAGUGUUGAAUCAAAUGAUGAUGAUAAAGCAAGAUUGGAACGGUUGAAGAGGGAGGAAGAGAUUAAAAUGGAAGCGAAAAAGGUGGCUGUUAUGGAGGUCAAGACCUAG